UUCUGGGAUCAGUUUCGUGUUUGGGUUUCGUUGCUUUAGAACGUCAUGGCUAGGUGUGCCAUUAUUCUAGCAUUAAUUGUUUCAGCUGCAGCAUCUGCGCUUCCUGCAGCACGGGAAAAGACCGCUCCGUAUUGCGACCCCGCCCAAUGUGUGCUGCCUGAUUGCCGAUGCUCUUCGCUGGACAUUCCCGGCGGAUUGACUCCAGCAGAAACACCCCAAACUGUGCUUAUCACCUAUGAUGAUGCCGUCAACGUUCUCAAUUUUUUGAACUACACCAACUUGAUUUUCAAUCGCGCCAACCCAAACGGAUGCAACAUAAAGGCGACCUACUUUCUGUCGCACGAAUAUAACAACUACACCUUGGUAAACGAUAUCUAUAACAGAGGCCAUGAAAUCGCUUCUCAUUCCAUCACGCAUCGUACCAAUCAAGAUUUUUGGCUAGCAAACAAUGAAGAAAACUGGGAUAAAGAACUUGCGGACAUGCGAACCAUGAUCGAAUACUACGCUGGUAUUCCGCAAUCCGCAAUUAAGGGAACCCGAGCACCGUUUCUUUUAAAUGGAGGCGAUACGAUGUGGAGUUCCCUAUCGAAAAACGGCUUCGAAUGGGACUGCAGCUGGCCAACGAGAAACUACGUUGAUCCUGGUAUGUGGCCUUACACGCUCGACUUUCUCAGCCAGCAGGACUGCCAGAUCGGUGUUUGUCCAGUUGAGUCGUACCCUGGUAAAUGGGUUGUGCCUAUGAUCGACUUGUUUGACGCCAGCGGUAAUCCAUGCGCCAUGGUGGAUACCUGCAUUGUUGGAGACACAGCGGAUGACGUAUACAACCUUCUUAUGACCAACUUUAUGAGGCAUUACGAAGGAAACCGUUCACCGUACGGUUUGUUUUUGCAUGCUGCGUGGUUAUUGGACACCAAUCAUUUGAAUGGUUACAGAAGAUUUUUAGAUUCACUAACGACUAAGGACGACGUUUACCUAGUCUCUAUCAGUCAACUCCUUGACUGGGUUAAGUCUCCCACACCUCUAUCGCAAAUUGAUGCCUUCGCCCCAUGGAGAUGUGACACACCCAUCACGAGUAUUCCUUGUAACGAACGACGUUGCGCAUACGACGGUACCAAAACACCGUUCGGAAGCGAACGCAUCAUGUCGAUGUGCAAUCGACAAUGUCCAUUUUUCUAUCCAUGGUACGAAAAUAUUUACGGCUCCAAUCCACCAACACCGUGGGUGCCUUAAAAAUGACAACCGUCAUAUCGGUUUGUCCAGAUCACAACAGGUUUUAUCGCAGACAACAAAAUAUACACCUAUAACUGUUUCUUAAUAAUUUCAAAAUUGGUCAAAAAUUAGCUAAAAUCAAAUUGGGAUGCAUUUCCUCUUUAACGUUACGAAAUACAUAUAAGCUUGCAA